CCCGGAUCAUUGACUGAGCGUUAAGAAUGAACCUGAACCAGAGCCAGGGCGACCAGCACGGCUUCGUGCUCCGUACUGCCACUUCAGGUGGACCUGGACCUGGACCUGGAGAGACGAACAAAGGAGAGGACACCAUCCACAUCAACCCCCUUGACAUUGAACGGGUACUCAAGGGCUGAGCAACUGGUACGAGGGAUCAGCUGCCAAUCUGCUGUACACGCAAUGUACCAGACAGUUGGUACGAGGUAUUUUCUUACCAGCAAGACACAGAAUGGCUCAGUUGAGAAAAUGCAGCGUCAUCUCUGGGAAUGCUUCAGCGCCUCCAUCUGUUAUUGUUGGAAUCUCUCGGGAGCUACCGUAAAGCCAACCAACCGUAUUCCUCAAGGAGGCUGCAUUCGCAAACGCCUUCUACCGUUGAUCGCACCCGUUGAAAGGUUCCUGACGGCUUCGGCCAGAGGCGCCAAAGACUCCUUGAACCCCUUCAAGCCUCGGACUGCCAUUGCACAACAAGCCACGCUACUUGCGAUAGCGGGUUGUCUAGCGGCACAUAAAGCCAACACAACCGCCAACCUGAAAUUGCGCACCUAACGGAACGGGGCUUGGUGGGUGUGCAGCCUGUACCUGUAGGGGGUUUUGAGUCCGUGAACGAAGAGCCAGGGUGUGGCUGAGAUUGCUUUGUUACAGCGGCACACCAUCGAAGAGAUAAUGGUAUCAAUGCCUGGGCACGGCACAGUUGACUCAAUUCAUUCUGGCUGCUGCCGUCAGCAGUAACGAGACGAGCUAUAGAGUGCGAAUCGGAGCUCCUCUCCUCAGUAAUGCGGCCCCAAUAUGGUGUUGCACGUUGGAGAACCGGUAUGCUAGAGGGCAAUGGUGAAGCAGAAAGCAAACACUCAGUGACAUGAUUUGCCCAGCGCAGGCCAUGCUACGGCGGCGUCGUUGGUGGAAAUCGACGGACCAUGUCGUAGCGUUGAGUCCCAA